ACCAUUUUGCGAGGGAAGAGAAUCAUAUCAUAUCUUGUUGAAUCCAUAAAAACUAUUCGCCAACUUGCACAACCCCCAUUUUAUGACUUGACUCACUCUUAUUUAAGGAGCUAGACUCACACUCUCACUCUCACUCUCACUAUCUUUUGUUCUUUUUGUGAUACUUGCUUGUGUGUUCACUAAUUACAUAUUUAGGUACAUAGCAUGGGUUGGACACGAGAAGAGAAUAGACGUUUUGAGGAUGCUCUUGCGGUUCAUGGGCCUGAUGACCCAAAUCGGUGGCAACAUGUGGCCAACGCCGUGGGUGGAAAGUCCGUACAAGAGGUGAAAAUGCACUAUGAGAUCCUCCAGGAAGAUGUCAUUCGAAUAGAGCGUGAUCAAAUCCCACUUCCCAGCUACAGAGGUAACGAAAGGCAGAUUCACAAUGAGCAAAGGCGAAUGAGGGAUCUAAGUCUCCGAUGAGGCAAAGACUAUUCGAACUGUGGAGUUGCUAGUUUCGACAAAAGCAUGUGCCAUUAUGUUAGUAUGUCCCCUUAUAUUCACCCAAUUGUAAUUUGCAAGAAAUAUCAUGUAAUGUAACUUUGCCAAAUAAAAAAUAAAAAAUAGUGUGUAGUACUGUGCUGGCAUCAUCGAUCCUAGACAAUUAUCAAUGUAACUUCUCAAAGUUUAAUUUAAUGAUUAAACACUUGUUCGUCGUUUUA